CUCUCUCACUCUCGGAAGCUCGCCCUAAUUCAGAUCCGUGCCUUCUCUUCCUCCGCGCUCCAAAACGCAGCGUUUCAUCCAACUUCAGGUUGCGCAAGUGCUUUGGAUCUGUACCAGACAAGAAGAAGAAAGUUGUGAUAUAUUGAAACGUGUAAUUCAGUGUUUUUUAUUCUCGAUAGAUUCAGAGAAAAUUGGAAGAAAACUGUGCAAAGAUUCUGAUUUGUUAGCUGAGCAGUAGAGCAACUUUAUGGAGCUACGGGGUUGUGGUUAUCUUCAUUUCAUUCUGGCAAUUAAAGGUGGUUUAGUUUCAAAAGUCCCUAAUGUUGCUCGUGGACAACCAAAACUUAAAUUUAAAAAUAUUACAGACAUAUAUGAUGAUGGCUUAUUGUCUCAUAAUGAUGAUGUAAUGGCUGAAAGAUCAUGCUAUGGUGAAAUUGAGGAAACCAAUGUGAAAACCAAUCGUGAUGCGUCAGAAUGUAAUGUCAAUGAUGAUGAUGAUGGUCAGAGAAUCUGUAACUUGGAUGAUAACGACUUUGACGAUAUCACCCUAAGCCAAAUUAAAGAAAGUUGCGAAGCCAGGAAGAGAAAACGCUCACAAGGUCUGAAGUCUUCUAUAAGAAAGAUAAAAAUUGAAGAUUCAUUCCUGGAUGACUACGGUGAGGAGCAAAUGGAAGCUGAUGAUGAUUCUGAUUUCAUGGAGACUCUCAGUAACUGGAAAUCUAAACUGUCAAAUAAUAUGAAGGCAAAGAAGAAAAGGUGCUUCAAAAAAACAAUCUCUACUUAUACCCAAGAGGUUAUGCCAGUUGUCAAAUCUGAAGAGAUCUUAGACAGUCAAGAUUUCACACCCACUAGUGAAGAGAUCCAACACGGUCAAGAUUUCCCACCCUCUAUCGAAGAGAUCCUAGACUGUCAAGAGUUCUCAACCUCUAUGGAAGAGAUCCGAGUAUGUCAAGAUUUCUCACCCUCCUGCGAGGAGAUCCAAGACGGUCAAGAGUUCACACCCUCCAGUGAAGAGAUUGAUAACAAUAAAGAGAUCCUAUCCUUCAAUGGAGAUUCGGCUGCCCUUGUUGAAGUGAAAUCUGAGGUUCCUGAAACUGACUUUUUUGGUGGGCCAGAUGACUAUUCUAUUGUGGAAGUACAAGAAGCGGAGAUAAUCUAUGAAUGGAAUUUGGAGAGUGAAUUGAAAAAUGAGCGGCAAAGGUGUAUUGAUUUUCUUCCAUUACGAAUGGUGGGUCCAUUUAACAUGGAUGUUGUGAGAAGAAAUUAUCAACUAAGCAAUGAGCAGUUUCCGGACAUGCCUGCAAUAGAAUUCAAAAGUGAAGAGUGUAUGGUUCAUCCAGAUCUCGAUUACAUCGCCCCACAAGUAAUCUCUAUGGUUGAAGAUGAAAUCCUUCAUAUUCAUGACAGUCAACCGGAUGGUGACACUGACACUGCAGUCACCCUGCGUAAUGUGGCUACUCAUAAAGAUCUUGAUUACCUGGGUGUAGAUUUUAAAGAUGAUAACACUCUUCUCGGUGACUGCAGUAAUAAUGAAUUUACUCCUGGUGCUGAGGAUCAGGUAGACGUAGAGACCAGUCCUACUAUGGAAUAUGAGGAAAUACAAUCAUUUGCUGCUGUAAACAAUGAAUGUAAUGGUAGUUCAAAGCUGCAUCAUCCUGAAAGGCUAUUAUCAACAAGAAAGGAAAUUUCACCAUCUUCUCUGGAAAAGCACUGUAAAGCUGUGAAGACUAAUGAUUUGAAUCGUAAAAACAAAUUGAAAUGCAAGGGACGACAAAAAUACUUUUCUGAGCAGACUGAUAAUCGUACAGCUGAAGGGUGUGAUGAUAUCACAGGCGCUCGAUUUAGUGACAUCCCUAACAAAAUUAGUGUUAUUCCUAGGACUAAAAGAGUUUCCCAUCCUAAAGGAAUUUCCAAGAUCCCUCAUUCUUCUCGCCAAGCCACCCGCCUAGGUUGCAGUUCUGUACAAAGCUGCUCAAAGAGUGCAAUUGCAUUUACACAGCAACAAAUGCAUGAUGCAGAAUGUCUUACCAAGAAACUGACAAAGGAAUUGAAGUCAAUGAAGGACAUUGUGGAUGACAUGUUACGAUCUGAAUUCUGUCUGAAUACGUCUUUGAGGCAUAAAGUAAAUGAGGCAAGAGUGGCUGUCAAGAAUGCAACAAGAGCUGAAGAAGCUGCAAAACGAUGCCUGGCCUUCAUGUCAAGGGAUUGCAGCCGUUUCUGUAAAAUAAUGAAAUUAUCUGAUGAGGGUCCAGCUACUCAAGAUGUAGUGCGUAAAGAGAGGAAAAAAAUAGCCUUUGCGGAUGAAGCAGGUGGAAGGCUUUGCCAGGUUAAGUUCUAUGAGGAUGAUGGGGUAUCUUUGUCAGAGUCUAAUUGAAAGAGAAUCUUACUCUAAUAGCAUGUCAUUUCUGUAAAUUCUGAAUCUUCGAUGCCGUUUCACUGUAUUAGUUCGUUCUAGAAAUAGGUGUUGGUUCCUACUUAUGUCUGAAGUUAAUUCCAUUGAUAUCGCCUGUAACAAGGGGAGAGUUUAAUCAAAUUUUCAACCAGAGACUUGUUAUGUGGGCGGAAUUUGAGUGAACAUACUUUAGAUCAAACUUGUAAUUGUAAUUUUAACUCCUUCAAAUUGAAAUUAGUUAGCAUUUUAAAUAAAA